AUUGAACGAUUUUGGUUAAAUGAAAUUCUGCAAGAGAAAACAUUUGCAGAGACGGAAGAUUGGAAUUUCAAUAAUUAUAAAGUAAAACAUUUAAAAUGAUUUCUCAGGAUGAUUGAAAAAACGACGUGAGUGUAAUUUAAUAACGAUGCACUAUUUUUCCAUCUGUUAAUAUAUCCUAUUUUUUGUACAUAAACAGUGUAUGAAGUGAAUUAACUGAAGUGUCAUUUCCUGCUAACAUAUUGUUUUAUAUCAUCACACAAUUACAUUGAUACAAUUUUCCCGUUAAACUGCGUUCCUUGUAAACUAGAAACAAUUGAAUGGCUACUUAUAUAAGUGGACAAUUACUUUAGAUGCAUGCAUUCAGUAGUGUGAUUAGUUUCAAGUUUUAUAUACGCAGUUUCUAGAAAUUCAGACUUUUUGCUAUGAAAGUAUAAACAUUUCUCUGAUUUGAUAUCAAUAUUUGAAAAGGAUUUUAAAUCAGCAGGUGGUUGCAUUAAUGGUUGAGGUAGAUAAAUGUUAGUUCUUAGAUAUAAUGUCGUUAAAGUAAAAAUAAAUUAUGAUUACGGUCAGUGUUAUAACACUUUUCAUUCUUUUAAACAACAUUAUUUUCAUUGUGAACAGCACAAGCACUGGAACUAGUUCAGGAACUCAUAACAUUUCAAAGUAUGAACUGCUGCACUAUUUACUCAACCAAACGCGGUAUGACGCCAGCAUACCCCCGGACUACAGUUCCCGUGGAUGGACAGAUGUGUAUGUACAACUUGCAAUUCAUGACAUUAAUUCCGAAAAUGAGCAAAAUAUGGAAUUUUCCAGCCUUAUUUAUAUAAGGAUGAACUGGACAGAUCACCGUUUAAACUACUCAGCGAAUGCAACAUAUGAUGUUCUAAAAGUCAGUGGCUCAUACAUUAACAGAGUCUGGGUACCUGAUAUUUAUUUCCAUCAGGACAGGAAAGCAAAUUUUCUAGGAUUCAUCGGCAAGAAUGAAUUAAUAUAUAUUGGAAGAAAUGGUAACAUUAGAUAUAGUGGCAGAAUAUCUACGACGAUGCUGUGUCGAAUGGAUCUUACAUUGUACCCAAAUGAUAUACAGCAUUGCCAAAUAACAAUUCAAAGCUAUGCAUAUACGAAAGAAGAUGUUCUGCUUCACUGGAAAAAAGAAAACCCUGUAAUAGUAAGUGGUGACAACAUUAAAGACUAUCCUCGGUGGAGAAACAACACAUUUAGUCCGCAAUGUGACGAGCCAGUUGGAAAUUUUUCAACCCUAAAUACAGGUAUUCAGCUAAAACGAACACCCCGUUCGUUUAGUCAGUAUAUAUCUACACCUGUCGUGCUGGUUUCGAUUGCUAUGACUUCAUUUUCUUUUGGUGAUAACUUCACACCGAGGGUGACCUUGUCUGGAGCCUCUAUGACUACCAUAAUAAUGCACUGGGCAGGGAUAUAUAAUAAAAUCCAACCAGCGGCAGCUUUGGUAUGGCUCGAUGAAUGGAUGCUAAUCAAUCUAUGCUUUGUUGGAGGAAUUAUACUUUUUACUGCUAUCAUCUCCCAUGUCAAGCAUCCAAAAGAAAUUGCAGGGUUCAAGCAUCUAAUGGAGGAGUCUAUCACAAUACAACUGGAACGUUGUAGAAAGAGAUGGCCAGAAUGGAAUGAAGUAAAAACAUGGAAGCCAGACAAGAAAAACAAACAGGUAACAUCUACUGUUGAUGAGGAAACAACACUAGACGACAGCCUAGCUGUCAGUACUGAGAAAGACCUCAGAUGGACAGUUGAUCGAAGAUUUUAUGCAGUUAAAAAUGAUGAACUAAGAGAAAAGUAUUACAAAGAAUUUUAGGAAAAUGUGGAGAAAGAACGUAGCCGUUUUAAUUUGAAACUAUUCAAUAUCUGCAGACACUAUUCUAGAAGAUUUAUUCUGGAUGUACUAGCCUUCGUCGUUUUUGUUUUAAGUUACAUUUUCUUCGCAGCUAUAUAUGUUAACCUCUGGCAAAACAAACACUUCAACUUGGCGGAUGAUUAAACUACAUGCAACUGGUCUUGAGAGAACCAAAGAGACAUUAAUAUCAUCGGUUAUAAGUUAAACAUGUAACUGAAAUGUGGUAUCUCUAUAGCUAGAAAUUGUUGUUAUGACAGGUUAAUCACUUCGGACAUAUUUGCUUCCUUCGUAAUUAAAAAAAAACAUUUUAUAUCAAAGAUCUCUGCAGAAUGAUAUUGAUAUUGAAAGAUGAUAAGACAAUAAUGAAAGCACAUCAGGAACACAGUUUCCAAUGUUGUAAAUAAAAAUGUUGAGACUAAUGACUGAAGAGAAGCAUAUCUGCCUAUCACAUAAAACAGGCUAGAGAUACAUUCCUCCUUGACAACAACACAAAUGGCGAAACACGUUGAAUACAGAAUACAGCAAAACGUUUAGUUUAAGUCAAUCACAGGAUUUUUGAAAGAGUUACGCAUUUUGAUAUGUAUUGUACAGGUUCAACAUUGAUUAAACUAAACGCCCCAUGUAGUUAAGGGUUUUAUGUCUGAGAAGUAGUGUUGUUCUUAAACUAUCAAAGAAAUUACUGAAGACAGCUUGGCACAGAACUUAAUAAAACUAAAAGAACCACUCAAGAUAUCAAACAUCAGCAGCUAUUAAUCAAUUUAAUGUUUAAGUCCUUCGGUAAAUCGGUACAGAUAUAUCCGUACAAUAAAUACAAACUAUAUUAAAAGUAAGCAUAUAAUAUCAGCCUACCUCCUUGGUAUAUAAACUGCAUAACUGAUAGAUCUAAAUCACUCAACACAAAUCCCAAAAUACUAUUUAAGUAUUCCCUCACAAUAUCUAAAUGCGCAUAGAAUAAUUACGUCCAUAUACUAAACAUCAGCAAGUAGAAACAAUCGAGGAUUCCUUCGAUUAGAAGCAAAAUCAACCCUGGCAUCUAUUUGCAAACGACCUUCUUCUUCCCUGUGCAGAACUGAAAGGACCCAAAAGGAAGGAGACUACAUCGCAACAAGUUUAUCAAUAAACCAACAAGACAUAAGCUAAAAAUGUGUCCUUACAACAGGAUAAGAGCUCCUUCAGUAACCGGUUUUGAAUAGUAGUCAUUAAAAACACACUGAAAUUAGGAAAAAAGGCAACAACGCAAGAAUGGAAAGUCGUAUCUGAUAAACAAUUAUUGUAUGCAAACAGCAAUUUUCAUUUGGUUCCAUUGUUUGAGAAGUGGGUGUAAAUUAACUAUUUUACCUACAAGCAUAACUUUUAUUCAAUGAUUAUAAUAGAAAGCAAAUCUUAAUCAACCUCUCUUUAUUAACACUUUUGGAUAUGACAUAUCAACAUCGAAUAUGACCUGCUGAACAUGGUAUUCCCUUGUAUAUUCGUCCUUGUUCAACUUUCCCUUCGGAUUCCUAACACCCCAUCCCCCUCCCCCAACCCCCGACCUGCCGUUUCCUUCCCCUCAAUCAAUAUUUAGCAUAAUUUAAUAUGUACUUGUUGGAUGUUGGAUGUUCGAAGCAACCCGUCUGAAAUAUUAUUCCAUCACAGCCUCUUUUUGUUGUGGGCCUACUAUGUAAAUGCGUGGCUCUGGGACUGUGUUUUUUGUGUUUUUGGUGCUCUGUGCUUCCGAGAAAUCUACCUUUACCUAUUAUCUUUUAUAUCCAACAACCAGUGAUGAAUCUAAUGUAUUGCCGAAACUCCAUAAUUCAGUUUUGUCCAAAAGUAGAAAAAUCCUGUUAUUAAGGUUAAGUAUUAAUUGUCCAAUUAAAUUUUUAUAUAUAAAAAAAGGAAAUGUAGUGACUCUAAUGUACAUUUAUAUUUUUGUAGAUAUUUGGAAAGGUCGACACCGGGAUCGAACCAUUGAUAUUCUGUGUUUUAUUAAUUCAACUAUUUAUUUGAAUCCUUUAUAUAUCUAAUUUUUUCCAACUUUGAAGAUUUUUACUUUCUGCAUAACGUGUUCUAUAAAGGUGUGAUAUUAUAAAUAAAGCAGAUACGUGAAUUAUAUAUUCCUAUUCAAUUGAUGUGUUUGCAUAAAUGUCACAAUUUAGACACCUUUAUUGUACUUCUGUCUUACAUAGAUCUAUAUAAUGGACUGAGUCACAGGAAAAUGCAUCACUGUUUAUAAGUUCUCGGCAUAUAGGUUAAUGUACACGACUAUUUACACGUAUGGGUUGGUUUCUUAUCUCCACCAGAGUCUG